CUCGUGCCGCAAGUCAGAAACCUCCUCUAGACUGUAAAAAUAGAAUCGGAAUAAACUUCUAGUGACAUGGAGAUGGAGAUUAAUAGUGUCGCUCGUGAGGAAAUUAGCAUUCUCCACAAGCGGAUAAUUUUCUUCCACCUUUCCUCCCGACUCCAUCGCAAAUGAAGAUCGUACCUGGUUCAUCGGUGACAUACCGGGCCAGACCAAUUGACAUCCCCACAGUUCCACUCAAAUCCAAAUAGAGAUCGACCCAUCGAGGUGCGGUUCCUUGACGCGUUGCAUCAUCGUUUAUUCAGCAGUCUGAUCUCAUGGAGCGCCCGCUCAUGGACCUGGCGAUCGCCGAUCGAUCGCACGAUCGAACCAACCACAAAAGUUGCGAGAAUGCAGAUCCCAUCCGCCUUAAACAGUCUCCCAAACAGUGCAUUUGCCCACCCCUCCAGAACGACAUUAUAUAGGAUUCAAUUAGUCGCGCUAGUCUGCAUGAUAGAACCACAAGGAAUGAUCAGCUCCAUCGAUCUCCCGGCUCUUUAAGGGCCUGCUUCCCCGUAGUGCAAGCUCCAGUCGACUCAUGCAACAGCGACAAUUGCCUUCUGUGGAAAAUAAAAAUGGAGAUCCCAGACAUCCCCGAUAACCGUCCGCACAAGACCGGAUCGAUGAGGUCCUACUCGCCAACCAUUGUUCUUGACGAGGCUGCACUGGAGGCCGAGAUCCAAACAAAGAGCCUCUGUCGAGACCACGACGAGGAGCCGAACGGCGUGAACAAGAGUGUUGAGCAAUUUGGGCAGAUCAAUAUCAAUGGCGAGGAACGGCCCCCCAGCGGGCUGAGUACCAAGCUUUCCAACAAGGCUCUGCGUCGCAACUAUUAUGUCAACGAACUCCCCCUCCUCCAAGCGACAAACCCCUAUAUCGGCUCUGAGCACCUGGAUCCCGUGAACGAGGAGGAGAAUGAAGUCUCAUACGACCUCGUUGCUCCGUACGAGGAUAACGAGGUCCCACUCCACUCGCUCGAACGCCAGGCCGACGUCAUGUUCUCUUCGGAGCAUAUGCUGGCGAUCCUCAAUUAUCCGCACUCCCUGGCCCGAUUUCGUGAAUUCCUGGUCGCGGAGCGGCCGACAUCACUCUCGACACUGACAUACUAUCUCAAUGCCUGUAAAGCACUAAAGGCAAUUCAGUAUGCCAAUGCCCUGAUCCGGCUCUCAGUAGAUGUACCUACGGCCGGCAUCGAAACGGCCAAGGAACCCGUGGGACCCACCACAAAUGCCGCGCUUGAAGCUCGCGUGCAGCAUGCGCUGGAAGCUCUGACAGCGGAGGAGUUGCCUGCGUUUAUCACGUCAAAAUGCAUCAACAUUACUAGCAAGGUAAUCGAAGAGCGCAUCCGAGGAACGCUCCCGGACAGGUUUCAAGGCACGGCCGAUGCGCUGGCUGAAGUAUUUUGUUUGACAGAUCCAUCACGACCGGAUAAUCCUAUUAUCUUUGCAUCUGAAGAAUUUCACCGUGCCACGCAAUACGGCAUGGAUUAUGUUCUAGGGCGAAACUGCCGCUUCUUGCAAGGUCCGCAGACCAAUCCCAACAGUGUACGACGCAUUAGAGAAAGUAUUGCAGAGGGUCGGCACCACUCUGAGGUAUUCUUGAACUAUCGCCGCGAUGGUUCACCCUUUAUGAACCUCCUUCAAUGCGCCCCGCUUUGCGACAGUCAAGGCAAAAUUCGUUAUUUCAUCGGUGCCCAGGUUGAUGUGUCUGGCCUGGCAAUGGAAGGGGUUCAGAUGGAGUCUCUUCAAAAUCUAAAUGGAGAGACGGAUGCGCCCGAUGAUGAAUCCGUUCAAAAACCCCCACCCAAAAAGGCCGAGUUCCAAGAGCUAGGUGAAUUGUUCAGUCCUCGUGAGUUGCAGCACGUCUAUGACCAUGGCGGCAAUUUAUUCCAUCCAGUCAUGGACAAACUGAACUCGACAAACAAUCGGCUGUGGCUGCAAAGUUCCGAGCAUGAAGGUGACUUUCGAUUAAAUGGAGUACAUUCACCUAGCCCUACCCCUAGCGCAUCUCUGACGGGUGUCUACAAACAUUAUCUCCUCGUCCGUCCUUAUCCAUCACUCCGAAUCCUCUUCACAUCUCCCUCGCUCCAAAUUCCUGGCAUGCUGCAAUCUUCAUUUUUAGCUCGCAUUGGUGAUUCGAGCGAGAAGCGUGAGAGUAUACUACGCGCCAUGGUGGCGGGUCGAAGUGUGACAGCUCGAAUCAAGUGGGUGAAUCGUUUCAGCGAUCAAGGUCGAUACCGUUGGAUCCAUUGCACCCCAUUAUUGGCGAAUAAUCGUGAGGUUGGUGUAUGGAUGGUAGUAGUGAUUAAUGACAAGGAAGAGGAGGUUGUCCGAUGGAAAGGCAAUUGGCCGCGAAAUUGAACACCUUCCGAGUAUGAUGAAUGAAGGCUUUUCUUUUCGUACUCUAGAUAGGGGACAUGCACACUAGCGAAAUACUUGGGAAUAGGGCAUCCGAAGGCGUUGGUAAGGACAAGAUUUGAUGGUUGGGCUCUGGUAGUCUUGAAACUUAAUGUUGGAUAGUGCAUUCUGGACCACAGUGAAGACCACGG